AUGUUAGUUGGCACUGGUGCGACGAUAAGCCUCAUCAGCUCGUCUUUCCUGGCUAGUCUCCCGAAAGGAGACCAGGUGACGCUGCACUCGUCACCUCAGGAAAAUCUACGCACGGUUGCUGGGGACACCGUACCAGUGGAAGGGGUCGCCACGGUUUGCUUGUUCAUUGCGGGACAUGAAUUUCGGCGUGCCAUUCUAGUAGCCAACAUCACGGAUCAUUGUACAUUGGGCAACGAUUUCAUGAAGGAGUACAACUGCGUGCUGAACCUCCGAGAUGGCAACCUCCUCCUCGGUGACCGGCAACUGGUCCUCCGCUCGUGUAGGGACCCUGACGCGGACCCCUCCUACGUCGUGUGCCGCCGCACCGUCACGGUGCCGCCCUACGCGCAAUUACUUAUACUGGGACGGAUGUCGUCAGGGCAAGCCCCGAACGUCUGUGUCGUCGAGCCUUGUGCGGAAGGUCCCUCGAGCGCUGGGCUCAUGGUCGCCCGCGGUCUCGUCCAUCAUGGUGAAGGAGCAGUACCAGUUCGCGUUCUUAACGCAACUCCCUCACCGAUUGUGCUUCAGCGUGGACAACGCCUGGGGCAGUGUUCCCAAGUUGUAGAGAUACAGUUCACAGAAGAGAGGGCCGGGGGUCAUGCGCCUCCUCCUGCUGCCAUGGAGCACAAUACAAGUUUACUGCACUACAUCGAUGAGCUGAUCGAGGGUUCCCAACCGCCGCUGACGCAGGACCAGGCGGAGAAGGCACGUGCACUCUUCCAGGAAUUCCGCGACGUCUUCUCGUUCUCAGCGGCAGAUCUCGGCAGAACAACGGCAGCCCUGCACCACAUAGACACCGGGACAGCUUUCCCUAUAGAGCAGGCUCCCAGACGACUUCCGCUGGCAAGUUUUAAGGAGGUCGACAAACUCAUCAGCGACAAGGACCGUUUGUAG